CCGCCGAGUGAUUCCACGGGAGCGGCGCUACGGUGGCCGCCGGGGCUGGGCCGGGGCCGGGCCGCUCCGCCAUGGGUGGCCGCAUCGAGUGCGUGUUCUUCAGCGAGUUCCACCCCACGCUGGGGCCCAAAAUCACCUACCAGGUGCCCGAGGACUUCAUCUCCCGGGAGCUGUUUGACACCAUCCAGGUGUACGUCAUCACGAAGCCCGAGCUGCAGAACAAGCUGAUCACCGUGACGGCCAUGGAGAAGAAGCUGAUCGGCUGCCCCGUGUGCAUCGAGCACAAGAAGUACAGCCGGAACGCUCUGCUCUUCAACCUGGGCUUUGUGUGCGACGCCAGGGCCAAGGCCUGCGCGCUGGAGCCCAUCGUGAAGAAGCUGGCUGGGUACCUGACCACGCUCGAGCUGGAAAGUGGAUUCAUCUCCAACGAGGAGAGUAAGCAGAAGCUGGUUCCCAUCAUGACCAUCCUGCUGGAGGAGCUGAAUGCCAAAGGGAAGUGCACCCUGCCCAUAGAUGAGUCGAACACCAUCCACCUGAAGGUGAUUGAGCAGCGCCCAGACCCCCCCAUCGUGCAGGAGUACGACGUCCCUGUCUUCACCCAGGACAAGGACGACUUCUUCAACUCCCAGUGGGAUCUCACCACGCAGCAGAUCCUGCCCUACAUCGACGGGUUCCGGCACGUGCAGAAGAUUUCGGCGGAGGCCGACGUGGAGCUGAACUUGGUGCGCAUCGCCGUGCAGAACCUGCUGUACUACGGGGUUGUCACGCUUGUCUCCAUACUCCAGUACUCCAACGUCUACUGCACCACACCGAAGGUCCAGGACCUGGUGGAUGACAAGUGCCUCCAGGAGGAGUGUCUGUCCUAUGUCACCAAACAAGGGCACAAGCGAGCCAGCCUCAGGGAUGUCUUCCAGCUGUACUGCGGGCUGAGCCCUGGCACCACCGUGCGAGACCUCAUCUCCCGCUACACCCUGCAGCUCCAGAGGGUGGAUGAGAGGAGGCUCAUCCAGUUUGGUUUGAUGAAGGGCCUUAUCCGGCGGCUGCAGAAAUACCCUGUCAAGGUGGCCCGGGACGAGCGCAGCCACCCGGCCCGGCUGUACACGGGCUGCCACAGCUACGACGAGAUCUGCUGCAAGACCGGCAUGAGUUACAAGGAGCUGGAUGAGCGCCUGGAGAACGACCCCAACAUCAUUGUGUGCUGGAAGUGACUGACGCAGCCAUAGCCCCCGCUAGAGCCGUGUCCCCUCGCGCGUCCCCGCUGUCCCCGGAGCGCCCCGCUCCUCCGCGCCGCCAGGGGGCGCCAUGGCCGCCGUGGCCGGGCCGCUGCCGCCCGCCGAGGCCGAGGCGCUGGUGCGAGCCCUGCGGGGCUCCGAGCUGCGCGACAUCGGCGGGCAGGGGUGCGGGGACACGGCGAUGGGCUGUCUGUGGGGGGAGAACACGAAAGAGGGACUUUAAAUGCAUGGGGUUCCCUUUGGGGCUGUGGGAGCACAGGAGGGGGGCCCA